UGCUGCGGCCCGGGCGGCGGCGAUGCUGUGGCCGCGGCUGGCGGCGGCCGAGUGGGCGGCGCUGGCCUGGGAGCUCCUGGGCGCCUCGGUGCUGCUGAUCGCUGUGCGGUGGCUGGUGCGGCGGCUGGGCCCGCGGCCGGAGGGGCUGGGCCGCAGCGGGACCCCCGUCCCUCCGCCGCGCGCGGCCGCCGCCCCCGCCCCAGGUGAAAUGACAAUGGAUGCUGUGUUGGCUCGAUUGAAACUUCUGAAUCCAGAUGACCUUAGAGAAGAAAUCGUCAAAGCCGGAUUGAAAUGUGGACCCAUUACAUCAACUACAAGGUUCAUUUUUGAGAAAAAAUUGGCUCAGGCUUUACUGGAGCAAGGAGGAAGGCUGCCGUCUUUCGACCACCAUGAGGCAGGUGUCACAGCUCUCAGCCAAGACCCACAAAGGAUUUUGAAGCCAGCUGAAGGGAACCCAACUGAUCAGGCUGGUUUUCCUGAAGACAGAGAUUUUGGUUACAGUGUGGGCCUGAACCCUCCAGAGGAGGAAGCUGUGACAUCCAAGACCUGCUCGGUGCCCCCCAGUGCCACCGACACCUACAGAGCUGGAGUGACUGCAUCUAGGGAGCCGCCCCUGUACUAUGGGGUGUGUCCAGUGUAUGAGGACGUCCCAGCGAGAAAUGAAAGGAUCUAUGUUUAUGAAAAUAAAAAGGAAGCAUUGCAAGCUGUCAAGAUGAUCAAAGGGUCCCGAUUUAAAGCUUUUUCUACCAGAGAAGAUGCUGAGAAAUUUGCUAGAGGAAUUUGUGAUUAUUUCCCUUCUCCAAGCAAAACGUCCUUACCACUGUCUCCUGUGAAAACAGCGCCACCCUUUAGCAAUGACGGGUUGAAAGAUGGUUUGUGCUUGUCGGAAUCAGAAACAGUCAACAAAGAGCGAGCGAACAGUUACAAAAAUCCCCGCACGCAGGACCUCACCGCCAAGCUUCGGAAAGCUGUGGAGAAGGGAGAGGAGGACACCUUUUCUGACCUUAUCUGGAGCAACCCCCGGUAUCUGAUAGGCUCAGGAGACAACCCCACUAUCGUGCAGGAAGGGUGCAGGUACAACGUGAUGCAUGUUGCUGCCAAAGAGAACCAGGCUUCCAUCUGCCAGCUGACUCUGGACGUCCUGGAGAACCCCGACUUCAUGAGGCUGAUGUACCCUGAUGACGACGAGGCCAUGCUGCAGAAGCGUAUCUGCUACGUGGUUGACCUGUACCUAAACACCCCCGACAAGAUGGGCUAUGACACACCGUUGCAUUUUGCUUGUAAGUUCGGAAAUGCAGAUGUAGUCAACGUGCUUUCGUCACACCAUUUGAUUGUAAAAAACCCAAGGAAUAAAUAUGAUAAAACACCUGAAGAUGUAAUUUGUGAAAGAAGCAAAAUAAAUCUGUGGGAACUGAAGGAGCGGAUCAGAGAGUAUUUAAAG